AUGGGAUUUGAUUUGGAAAGUGCAAAACUAAUAAUACCUCCAGGGCUUUCCCUGUUACCCGGGGAAACCAUAGAAUUUAUAGCGAGGACCUGCGCCAUAAAACUCUUCGAGACUACAGCUGACGGUGGUUUUAAAGAGGUUGGCGAGUACUGUUAUCCGAUGGAUGCCACUUCUGAAAUUGAAGAGUCACAGGCUCAAAUUACCUUGUCUUUAAAGUUCUCGUCAUCCAAAUACCUGUUUAAAUUCUCGAAACCAAAACCGGCUGCAAUAGCUGGAAACUUUAUAAAUGUCCGAACCACCGCGAAUUCUCUCUGUCAUGAUUUUUCUACUAUAAUGAGACGUUUCGUUCAUCCUAGCAGCCUAGAAAAUACCUUCGCCUUUCGCAUGGGUGAAAUUGAUGUGAUGAAAAGAAGUAUGGAUUUUCCAAAACAUGAUCAAAAUGCGCAAAAAAAACUGGAGAUGACACUGGAGGAAAAAUUUUUCAAUGAUUCAUUUGGUGCGUGUAUCAGCGAGGAUGAGGAUGAGGAUGAUGUAAUAAAAAGAGGCGUGGAGGAAUCCGUAUUUAAUCGCACUCGAAGUUUAGGUUGGACAAGAGGCUACAAGAUACAAAAAGAAUUCGAAAGGAUGCAAAUGAAUAAAGACUCUUGGUGUAUCGCAUCCGUCAACGAUGACUUUUCUUUGUCGCCAACAUAUCCUCAGGAAUUAGUCAUACCUUCUCAAAUUCUUAAAAAAGGCCCUUCGAUUGAUUCUGACUCAUCGUCCAGCUCCGUUUCUUCCGACACUUCACUGAACACUUCUGCUUUUUUUCGAAACCUUGCACGCUUUCGAUUUCGUGGUCGUUUUCCUGCCAUCUGCUGGAAAAAGGGUCACAACAUACUGAUGCGGAGUGGACAACCGAUGGCCGGUUUCUUAGGAUCGAGGGGAGUGGAGGAUGAGACGCUGAUGCAUGACAUUCUGCUCACCGUUCAAGAAGAGCAACAAAUGUUGACUGAAUCGGUUCUGACAGGAAAAGCAGUGUCAGAGGUUGACUGUGCCAGCCGUUGCGUGGCUUCUAGACAUUUCGAAGAAGCAUACGAACCAUGUAAUAUGAAACUAUGUGUGUUGGAUGCUAGGAGCUAUACCGCGGCCUUCUCGAAUGGCUAUCAUGGUGGUGGCUACGAGAACAUUGAACAUUAUCCCCCAAACUCAACUCUCCAAUUUCUUGGGCUCCCCAACAUCCACGCUAUAUCAAGUUCUCACGCGGCCUUAUUGCGUGCAAUUAACACCAACGCGUCCUCAUCAAAUUGGUAUUCGGUAUUGGAGUCAACUGGAUGGUUGGGACAUGUGGCUGAACUACUCAAAGCUGCUGGCGGUAAGGAUGGUGUAGUAGGAAAAUUAGUUGACGAAGAUGCAAGUGUUCUAGUGCAUUGCACGGAUGGUUGGGAUAGGACGACGCAGUUAGUAUCUUUAGCUCAAAUAAUGAUGGACCCUUUUUAUAGAACCAUAAAGGGACUUCAGGUGUUGGUCGAGAAAGAGUGGAUCUCCUAUGGACACCCUUUCCGAUCACGUGGCAGUCUUCCAUGCAAUCUCCGUAAUAACGACAACAAAUCACACGCAAAAAGCAAAGAUGUUCCGCCUGGUUGCCAAAAAGAACCGCCGCACUUGCCCCCUGUACUAGCGCCCGUAUUCCUUCUAUUUCUUACCUGUCUUCACAACCUCCUGCAACAAUUCACAUACUCGUUCGAAUAUAAUGAUUUCCUUCUACUGUGUCUUGCCCGAGCUGCUGCCGGAAAUUCUCCAUUUGGUGACUUUUUGUGCAAUUCUGAAUUUGAACGAGAGACUGUGCGGCUGAGAGAAAGGACCAGGAGUAUAUGGUCAUGGGUUGAUGAACAUAAGCAAUUGUUCAGAAACGCGAAUUACCAAGGAAUUCGCCCAUAUGAUUUAAUCCAUCACAACGAUCAUGAUACAUGGAAUGACCAUUCAUGGAAGAAAGAUGUCCUACGACCUGAUACUGGGGCACGAGUAAUAACCUUAUGGACUGAAUAUUAUUUUCCAAAAAAUGACUAUUCUAUUGCAUUGUUAUCGGCUCCUACGGGCACGGACGUAUCGAUUACUGAUAACUCUGCGCAACAAUAUCUUUCAUAUCAUCUCGAAUUUCCUUCAGAGUAUUACCUUGUUAGUCAAUUCAUGAAAAGGAGAAAACGGAGAAUUGCAGAGAAAGUUUGGACCGUGUGGCGUUCGUUUGUGUUGGAAAAGAAACAGGUUCCGUUGAAGUACAACUCAACGACAAAUGGUGGUACAAAAAAGUCGGAAUGCGAAGACGACAAAUGGGAUGUUCUCGUUGGAUCGGAGUGGAAAGACAAUGAAUCAGAAGCACCUCCUUCCAUUGAUGAGUGCAAAGAUAAGCAAAGAAGAUCUCAAGUUUCCUUAGCCGUACCUCAAAAGAUCAUCCGUGACAUGCAACUAAAGGCUAGCCUUUCAUCUCCCCUGUCGUCAAGUCCUCCAACAUACUCUCCAUUCAACGAUUACCUGGCGGCCGAAGAAGAUGAUACAGAUAUAGAAGAAGAAGCUAAAUUAAUGUUGUCCAACGACCUUUAUGAGAGUCAAUUUCUCGAAUGGGUUCAUCUAUCUAGUCAGGACAACGAUGACUCCAGUACCACAAAAAUUCUAACAGAAUUACUAAGGGAGGCACAAAUGGAUGAGCAUUAUUCUUACAAGAACAUUGUGCCGGAGAACGAUGCCCUCAAGGAAUUAUUAAAGGAAGCUCAAUUUGAUCAGGUCCUUUGUCAAAGUUUCUGUCCCGACACUGAGACGAUGAUGGAAAUGUUGAAGGAGGCACAAUUAGAUAAUCCUUGUCUGACGGAAAUCCAUAGUUCCGGAAACUCCAAGAUCUCAUGUCCUUCAUCACCAUCAAGUGCGUGUAACUGCAAAAAUUCCAAUUCCUCGGAAAAUUGUAAUAAUUCUUUUUCUGAGAAAAAUUUUCUAAGUGUAAAUAAGUUUCCAUCAGCAGAAUUUUCAAAACCGUUUAUUCACAACUACGAAAAUAACAGUAGUUCUUCAGAUCUCAGCGGCGAAUUUGUGAUUGUGUGA